AUGGCUACCAAAUAUGUUAAAAUACCUACAGAUAAUAAUAAUAUUCUACCGACGACAACACCUCCACAAAGGCAAACUAAUUCUUCGUCGUUUUUAUCAAAAAUAAGGAUUUAUGUUUACUUCUUAAUUCUAAUUACAUUGUUCGCGAUAUACGUCUUCUCGGAUGAGCUAUCAUCGAUAUUCAUGGAUGUCGAUAAUUUACCCUGUGACAACGGAGUUUGUGUUAUGACCAAUGAUACUAAUGUUGAGAAUUCAGAAAUAAUUAUUCCUUCGCCUAAAGAUGAUGAAAGAUACAUGACAUAUAUUCCUCAUUCCGGUUUUCAUAAUCAAAGGAUCGCUUUAGAGAAUGCCGUUUACUUGGCGUGGUAUUUGAAUCGCACAUUAAUCUUACCUCCUAUUAUCUUGGGAAAGCGUAUCGGUUGGAGAGAUUAUGAUAAGUUAUUGGAAAUUAUAACUUCACUAAAAUCGGAUAAAUCAAAUCUGGAAGAAGAAUGUAAAAAAAUAGAUAACCCAGAAAAAUGUAUAGAAUUUCAUCAAUCAUAUAUGUUAACAACAUGGAAAGAUUUAUUUGAUAUGUCAUACAUUGAGAAGAAUGUUAGGGUAAUUUAUAAUCAUAAUGUAAAUUUAACCCACAUCAUUAAGGAUCAAUUGAAAAUCGAUGAAGUGGAUGAUGUUAUUUAUGAUAAAUUGUACCCGGGAAAUCACAACUUUUUUGAAUACUCAAUUCCUCCAGAAAAAGUUGCUCCAAUCGCAGAUGGAAGAAUCAAAAAGUUUUAUGUCUUGGAUGAAUUUAAGAAACAACCUCAAAAACUUGUGGUUUUUGGAAGUUUAUUCGGUCCCGGUACCGUCAUAAGACAAUCAAUCACGAGUCAAAGAUUUUAUUACGAUACACAAUUCUCAAUUAUUCCGAAAAAUGAAAUCUUGAGAAACGUCGUAAAAAGAUUUACUGAUAAUAUGGGAGGAACUUUUAAUUAUAUUACAUUUCAUGGAAGGGCUGGGGAUGGGGAAUAUAAGCUUUUGGCACAUGAACGUAUAGCAAAGGUAAUAAGUAAUAUUAAGCGUGAUAUGCCUGAAUUUGAUUCGGUAGACAUGAAUCAAUAUAGAAAUAUAUCUGAAUCGGAAAAACACGAUUUAUGUUUCAAAAAUCUUACUUUACCUGAAGAUAAAACGACCUUUUCCCGAUUUACACGUAUUUACCUAGCCAGUGAUAUAGACAAAACUGCCGAACCUUUACAAGUAGUAUUUGAAACCUUUCCUUGCGUUUACAUGAUGUCAGACUUUAAGGAAGAACUAGAACCUUUACAUCAAAUAAUUAAUAGUGUUGACAAACAGAAGAUGUAUAAAUACAUUGUUCCUUUUGUGGAUUUAAUGACUGGCUCGAACGGGAGGAGACUUUAUACUAUGGGUAGAAGUACAUUUGCCAGUUAUAUGUUAAGAUAUCAUAGGAUAAUCGAAAGAGAACAUAAAAGAGAACUUUGA